CGCUAGAGCGUCGGUAAGCCGUGUGCCUACCGACAAUGAAUCCACAGAAGAAGAAGGAAAAGUAAAACGUGUAUCAGCUGAGCUGGCUGAUGUGAAGACUCUAUCUCAUAGUACGUGAUUUUAGUGUAUAACCACAGAUUAUUGGGAUGGAUAAUGACAUCGUGGUCUCUCUUGAAGAUUUAGGGUACCAAGGCCCUCUGCUGGAGGACGGAGCUCUGGAUUGUGCUGUAAGCAGAGGAGCAGCUUCACCUGAGUUCACUAAGCUUUGUGCCUGGAUCGUCUCAGAGCUUCGACUCUACUGCAAGCUGGAGGAGAAUGUCCACGCCACCAACUGUCCGAUGGAGGCAGAGGGCUUCCAGCUGGAGAUGAGCGGCCUGCUGUCGGAGCUCGCCUGUCCUUACCCUGUCCUCACCAGCGGAGACAUCACCCAGAGACUCCUCAACAGGACCGACUGUCUGCUGCUCCUCACCUUCCUGGUGUCUGAGUUGGAGGCGUCGAGGAUGAUCCUGAUUAAUAAGCCUGACAAGAAGAACCAGGAGUCGGGCAGCCCCAUGUUCCAGGAGCUGAAGGGCAUCUGCAUGGCACUGAGCAUGUCCAAGCCUCCAGCCAACAUCACCAUGUUCCAGUUCUUCAGUGGAAUUGAGAAAAAGCUGAAGGAAGCCGUGAGUAAAGUCCCACCCAAUCACGUAGGAGAGCCUUUGCUGAAGAAGGCCCUUGGACCUGUGCACUUGGAAAAAAUUGAAGCUAUAAACCAAGCACUUGUAAAUGAGUAUGAAGUGAGAAGAAAGAUGUUGUUGAAACGUCUUGAUGUGACGGUGCAGUCUUUUGGUUGGUCUGACAGAGCAAAGACGCAUGCUGAAAAGUUGGCCAAAGUUUACCAGCCACUACGUUCUGCUCUCGGCACCAAAAGUAAAAUCUCUGUUGCCCACCUUCUCGCUGCUCGACAAGACUUCUCCAAGAUCCUACGUACAAGCAGUGGCAAGAUAAGAGAGAAGACUGCUUGUGCCAUCAACAAGGUUCUAAUGGGCCGAGUGCCGGACAGGGGAGGCCGACCCUGUGAGAUAGAGCCUCCUCCCCCAGAGAUGCCUUCCUGGCAGAAGCGUCAGGAUGCUCCCCAAGGAGGAGGACACUAUGGUGGGAGUGGGCACGGAGGCGGCAGGGGGGGCUACGAUCACUACUCCCAAGGAGGCCGUGGAGGAUAUGAGAGAGGAGGCGCAGGAGGACAUGUAGACAGGGGAGGUAGAGGAGGAGGUGGCAGAGGGGGGAAGGUGCAGGGAGGCUGGGGAGACGGAGGUGGAGGUGGAGGAGGAGGAGGGAGAGGCGGUUACCACCAGGGCCACUAUCAAGAUGCGGGAGGUCAUCAGGGGGGAGGAGGGAGAGGUGGCUACGGAGGAGGAGGGAACAACCAAGGAGGCUUCCAGGACCCUGGCUACCAUGGAGGAGGAGGAGGAGGAGGAGGAGGAGCAGGAGGAGGAGGAGGAGGAGGAGGAGCUGGUUACCAUGACAAUUACCAACAAGAUGGAGGCCGGCAGGAGAGAGGCGGGGGUCGAGGAGGUCGUGGGGGCAGGGGAAGAGGAGGCCGAGGAGAAAGAGGAGAAAGAGGAGGAGGAGGAGGACAAGGAGGAGGCUGGGGAGGGAGAGGGGGCCAGAAUUUUAACCAAGGAGGACAGUUUGAACAGUUCUUCCAACAUGGUGGGCAGCACUACAACCAAGCUGGCUUUAAUCAAGGCAGGCACUACACUAGUUGAAGACACGGUGAGGGGCAUCGCAGCAGAGUCCACUCAAAGAUCGACUCAUAUUCACGUGUGAACAGAUUUUAAAUGCCUUAUCAUCCGGUUUAGAAUUUUCAGCAUGGAAAAAGUUGACAAAAAUGUAAAAUGAGGACCUAGGAGAUAAACACAGAUAGCAAAUACACUCAGUACAGGCUGUUCUGGAGUUAUUGUUUUACUACAGAGGGAAGUUCUAAUGUAGUCCUUUACUUUUUCAUACUGGUGUGUUAACGUUUUUCUCAGCCUCUUCAAUACAAGUAUUCAAACCAACAGCUCUGCUAUAAAUGGUCAGUCGAUUAGUUGGACUCUGCUGUUUUGACCUCAUUUUGACAUAUUUAGCCUUAUAUUGGACAUAUUUUUGAAAGACAGGAAAGAGUCCUAAGUUUUCAGUGUUGGUGCACCUACGGUGAAUCUGACAUUGGAAGUGCACUCAUGAAAUCCUUAAUAGUUUCAUUUAAUUUGACGAUUACUUGAAGACAGCUUCAUCUUUCCAGUCUUCAUUUGUUUCAGUAGAUUUGACUGGAAUCUCCUUUGUUACUUAUUUAAAACAUGUCAUCUUGUACUGCUCAUGGAAGAUUGUGUGCAUACAAAUGUGGAUGUUGGAAGGUUUGCAUGGGUGUGUGAAUGAGCAAUAAAAUCUGAAAUGAGAGCAUUA